CGCUCAUAGGCGAUUCUAAGACUCAACAGACGGAUCACCCAAGUAGAAAGACCCAAGAUGCCGCCGAUACUGCUGAUGAAGCGAACGCUGGAUGACUUGGACAACUUGGACGACUUUGACGACUAUGACGAAAGCGAAGAAGAAGAAAUAGAGGAACCUCAGCCGAAACGCCUACGAAACGAGUCCCCCAAGGCAAAAGAGGAGGAAACGAGGCAGAAAAAUGAUCAGGUCAAAGAAAAGGACGUAGCGGACAGAGUGGUCGAGCUUCUCGUGCCUCGUCUGGAAACACAGAUGCAGCAACUAGUCAAUGGCGCAGCUAUGCGUAUGUUGGACGUCUUGGGCCAGAAACUGGCCAGACUGGAGUCGCGCAUAGACGAGAUGCAUAGCGAGUGGAAGAAGAGUGCCGCCAACUCCCUUCCCAAUGCGACGCGACAAGAUGUUAGAAAGCAACAACUGGCGGGGCAGCAAUAUCAAUUCGGCAACCGCCAUCAGUCGGCCGUGCAGCAAUACUAUGGACGCACCCAAGUACCACCGUCCACCGCUUCAGCUGCUCCGCACACGGAUGCCUCUUCACGACCUGAUGACGCAUUGCAGAGUUUCUUCCAAGAAGCGGCCCAAGCAGCAGACAACCCUGCCAUUGUCUGUCCACCGAACAACCGUCGCGCUCCCUUCAUGGCUCGUCGCCCAAAACCUCUGGCAACCCCAGAAUUCCUACCUACAAUACAGCCAAAUCGAGCCGUCAACUUCCCUCAUGGCACCGCAGAUCUAGCACACGAAGACGCACCACAGUAUCGCUUGCAACGAGGCUCCGAAAGCGUCAUGGAGCUAUGGCACGAGUUCUUCGUCGGCUCUGCUGAGAAACCUGCAAUCAACGAGUUGGAUCAUAAAUAUGGCAGUGCAUGGCGCUGGAAGGACAGCAAGGAAGGUGUCUACUACAGCAUGCGCCGCGUCGUCAUAGACGAAAUACAAGCGCGAGUCGAAGCACGUUGUCCCAAUGCUACCGGAGCCACUGGCGAUGUCUGGCUUGCCGUAUGCGAGGAGAUGGAUUGUGAAAGAAUCUCGAAGCAAUUCUCCCUCAACCAAUUCAUCUUCGAGCUGAAGCGUCGAGAUCGUACUGUCCCAGCCCCUACGCCAAAGGUCUAUAACCCACUCGAUCCCUACCCACCGCCCGCUCCUGUGUUGUCACGCACAACGCCCUCUGUUCAAAAGCUCUGGACCGAGUGGUUUGUUGGAAAAUCGAGCUACAACGGGUACGCGACAUUCCCAUCUAUCAUAGAGGUGAAUCGACGAUAUGGAAACUCCUGGCGUCAAUUCACCACUUCCGAGUAUAACAUCUACCUCAAGCGCCGCUGCAUCAUCGAUAUCGCACUCCGCCGCAUCGUUGAAUUGGGUGGCGACAAAACCGAGACGACCAAGAAGGUCCUCAAAUCCAUGGAUGCAGAAAGAGUAGCCCAAAGCCUAAGUCUGGUACAAUAUCACGCCUGGGCGAGAGAGAAAUACGGCUAUCACGCCUCGACUCGGACCCAUCUCCCAAAACACGUUGCGGACUUGGGAGAGGCACCCGAGGAGGCUGUUGAGCUAGAAGCGAGGACUAGGGUCCAACAAGAUGAUGAAGAUGGCAUGUUCAGGGAGAACAGCGCCGAUAUUGAUACUGCUAUCUUGGACCAUGAGCGGGAGAGUGAAAGCUCUGGGCGCCCGAUGACAGAUGGACAUGAUCAAAAUAGCUCUGUCCCACCAUCGCCAGCAUCACUUGGAUAGAUGAGAUAGAUCGUGACAUAUAUCAUGACAUCCCUCAGCAGCGGCUUUUUCGGAGCUCGCCUCCACGGCCGAGACACAGUCAUUUAACAUCUUAAAUUCUCGAUUGUCCAAUGCAUGUGAAAAUUUGUUAGCGAGAGCUUGU